AUGACUGGCUGCAGCAGCAAGAGCAUGGUGCUGCUUGCCCUGCUGGGGCUCCUGGCGCUGCUCCUGUGCGGCUCCGCGGAAGCACAAAGCAACCAGGAUUGCUGCCUGUCCUACACCAAAGUGCGUCUGCCCCGGUGGGCCCUGAAGGGUUACACUGAACAGCUGUCCAGUGAGGUCUGCGACAUCCCUGCCAUCAUUUUCCACACUGCCAGUGGGCUGAAGGCCUGUGUAAAUCCUAAGGAAGGCUGGGUGAAGAAACAUCUCCUUUUCCUGAGCCACAGGCUCAGGAAGAUGUCAGCCUGACGUGGUUUCCAGCAAGGAGCUAAGCACAGACAUGGCUGAAGAAGCCUGGGCUGAGAUGCUUUGUGCACUCGUGUGCUCACUCUCCUCCAACUUCGGCUUUUGUGCAACAAAUGAAUUUGAGUUCAUUCAUAUUGCAACAUGGCUCUGCUUGAGCUAAGCAUGUUGUUAAAGUUUCUAGGUUUACAAUAUCUGUAUGUUACUGAUAGGACAUGAGUACUGUUUUGUAAGGUCUACCUUGAGCUGUUGUACAGAGUGUGAAUUGUAUUAAGUUUAUUGAAUGUUGUUUUUGUUUUCUUCAGCAUAUGUAAAGAGGGUUAUUUAUUC